GGUGCGCUGUUUUUCAAUGGUCGGAAUAAUCAUUGCCCAGUCCGUUCCAAAUAAAGUUCGAACGAGAGUCGUCACAGUGUGCCUAAUUUUCUUGUAAACGUGUAGUGUCAACUAUAGUUUUAGCUCGAACCUUUAAAGAAACGUUGACGUACAUCCUACGAUGUUCCUUGCCCAAAACGUUGUUUUCAUAAAUAGCCAUCAGUUUAAUAUUCUGAAAACAACUAAUAUGGCAGUGUAUACGAAAAGUACCUUCUGCUCUUAUGGCGGAUAAUGAUGUUGAUAUACAUAAGAAACAAAGCUUUCGAUAUAUAUAGUUUAUAAAAACCCUAAUGUCGAAAUAAUAAGAACGAGCAGAACGAUGUAUGCAAAAUAUCAAAUAUUUGAAUGUGUAAUAUAACCGGAAGAGUUGUGCGACUCAACCGAUCGGCCAUUGCCGACUCUCGAUUGACCAAGUUUGAAUCUUGUAACGGUCACGCAGAAGGAAAGACGUUAGAAUAAACCAAGAAUGGAGGAUACAAAUGACAUAUUAGUAUCUACAACAGAGUUUAUAAAAGAUCGAUUAUAUUUUGUAACAUUGAGUACUAUGAUAAAGCCAAAGAAUACUCCAAACACCCAUUAUUUCAGUAUUGACGACGAAUUAGUUUAUGAAAAUUUUUACGAUGAUUUUGGUCCAUUAAAUCUUGCAAUGUUAUAUCAUUAUUGUCAAAAGGUUAAUAAAAAAAUGAAAGCAGUGACUUUGAAGAAGAAAAAGAUUAUUCAUUAUACAACUGGGGAUCCAGAGAAACGAGUGAACGCUGCUUUCCUCAUAGGAAGUUAUGCGAUAUUAUAUUUGAAACGUACAGCUGAAGAUGUAUUCAAUUGUUUAACCAGUAAUCCCAAUUGUCCAUUUAUUACGUUCCGCGAUGCUUCUGUUGGUACACCAUGGUACCGAAUAUCAUUGAGUGAAUGUUUGAGUGCCAUAUAUAAGUGCCACAGACUUGGAUUUUUUAAUUUUCAAGAUUUUCGUGUUCAAGAAUAUGAAUAUUUUGAAAGAGUAGAGAAUGGAGAUUUGAAUUGGAUUGUCCCUGGUAAAUUUAUUGCAUUUUGUGGACCUUAUGCUAAAUCUAAAAUAGAAAAUGGAUAUCCGCUUCAUGCACCAGAAUCAUAUUUUACAUAUUUUCGACGCAACAAUGUAUCUACAAUUAUACGUCUUAAUAAAAAGAUUUAUGACGCUUCCAGUUUUACGGAUGCAGGAUUUGAACACAAAGAUCUGUUUUUUGUUGAUGGUUCAACUCCAACAGAUUCAAUUAUGCGUCAAUUUCUUAAAAUAGCAGAGAAUGCUAGUGGUGCUGUUGCUGUACAUUGUAAAGCGGGACUUGGUAGGACAGGUUCUUUAAUAGGAUGUUAUAUUAUGAAACAUUAUCAUUUAACUGCUCACGAAACAAUUGCGUGGAUAAGAAUAUGUAGACCAGGUUCAGUAAUUGGACAUCAGCAACAGUGGUUGAAAAAAAAAGAACCAUAUCUUCAUUCUUUAUUGAAAGAACCAUUGCAAUCAGAAAAUGGAAAUACAGUGCACAAAUAUGGAAUUUAUUCUAUAGUUGGCAGACCCAAAAUGGCAUUCUUCUCUAAUUUGAAAGAAUCUCAUUUAGUGCAAGAUAACGUUUCGGGAAUAAUGCAUAGGGUAGAUGGGAUUACAUUAGAUGAUCACACUCCUACUGCUGGCACCAGUACAACUAAGUAUAUGCCUUUGACUCAGGGUGGAAAAUUAAACUUAAUCAAAGCCAAGAGAAGAAGUUUCCCAACAAACCACACCAUCAAUACAACUACUAAAUCUUCAACAGUUGUGCAUCCUUACUUAAGACCAUUAUUACAAGCAAGAAGUCAGAAAAGUACAAGUAAUGCGUUAACUAGAAAUAAAGAAAAGGAUUCGACAAAGAAAGUUCUACCUAGGUCCACCACAACUGCUAUUGCUAAGAGAAACAGUUGGCUGGUCAACAAUACCUGUGAUCCAUCUUCGCGUCGUGUUAAGUCUACUAAACCAGCAACACAGAUCCAUAAUAUCAACAACAACACAACCACCGCUACUCCCGUUACGACAAUAUCCGUAUCGAAACCGGUGACAAGGGCCAGUAUAAGAACUCCCUGCAUCACAGAGACUCGUAUUUCACAUGCGUCUGCAAAUUAUUCAGUCUCGCAACCCCAACAAGGCAUGAAUAUGAUUCUCAGGUCUGCAGAUCGAGUAAAUCGCUAUCAUUCUCUAAGGCAUGUAAAAGGAUAUGAAGCAGUACCAAGGACUUCAAUUUAACUGACCACUACUCUAACAUGCAUGUAGCAUGCAUUAUGUAAUUUCCAUCUAAAGCAUGUAAUUACAAUUCUUAAGAUAAUAUUAGGCCUGGACAAAUAAUAGAAAAAUCAACUUUGUUUAUGAAUUUUAUAUGUAAAUACUAUCCAACUAACGUAAUUCAUGCGUGUUAUUUACAAAAUUUAUUGUAUUAUAGAAAUAAAAUAUCGUUCUUAUUAAAUUGUAUUACUGUCCAGGCCUGUGUCAGCUAUGUAAGCUAUAUUUAGAGCUUAGGGAUGAAGUAGCUCCUGAGGUGGCUAACAAAGUGUUCCCUUUUAUUUCUGUGAUUUGCAGUGCGCGCACAAGCAAAAGUUAUAAAACUGCAUUUAUCAGAUGACUAACCGAUAUUCUCAGUGGCGUUGGAGAGGACAGUCCAGUAAUUCGAGCAUCUCACCAGCGCCGAAGAUCUCACCGCUUAAAUCCAAUUAUUCAGUAAAACCAUCUCACUGAUCUCCAAUCUUCAACUUGAGCAACUAUUGUCCAUGCUUUUAUCAUAAUCAACGAAAAUCGAAUAUAUAUAUAUACAAUGGUCCUUAUCAUUUUUUCAAGGUAUUCACUUUAUGUUUACACUUGUAUAUCGGAUCAUAAGUUUUUCGUGACCUCCUGUGUUCUGCACAGGUAUUAAAAGACUCUUCCCUGUUUUGUGAUACGUUGAACGUUCGCGAAAGAAAAAAAUCAAUUUUGAUUUCAAUUAGUUCCCCUUUAUUACAUUAUCUUUCUGCUGGUCAGAAAAAAGAAUUCUAUAUGAAUAUUUUUAAAUAAUUUCUAAAAACGUAUAUACAACUUUGAUUUUAUUGGUUUCCAUCAUUUUUAUCCUAAAUUUCAUAAGAUUUUAUAUUUACGUGUAGAUAUAAUUGAACUUAUGAUAUAUUGUAGAUAUCACGUAUUUUCGUGUAAAAUAAUUUUUUAACACAUUAAACGCCCAGCUAUUUUUGCUUGCUGUUCCGUUUAGGCCACAGACGGCCAUCAAGUUGGCCGCUGCUUGUUUAUCUUUUUUUAAUCAAUUACAUUGACGUUUUUAUGUUGUAUUCUUUUUCUUAAAGAAUUAACUGAAUAAAAACCGAUGUCUCCUAAACGAGAUCAUUAGCCUCACGAUCAGUACGCAAGGACCGACACGCAUGCUGUUGUAACAUGAAUCUAAAAUCUGUGGCAGGUCCUUGUGAACCGGCGGGCGUUUAAUCUGUUAGACGACAUUUUCCUUCUUCGACAUUUGUGAAAUAAUUGUCAACAAUUGGAUUAUUAUAUGGUUUUAACAUUUACAAAAUUAGUCAUACUUAUGUGUCUCACAUAUAAAUGAAGAUUAUAGCGAAUAGAAACUUACAAUCAUAAUGUGCAUUAUUACUUAUAGCUGUGCGAUUAACACAAUUUAUUUGUCUUCAUUUAAAAUGUAAUUUUAAAAUAUAUAUUUCAAAUUUUAAGUUGAAACAACAAUUUAUGAUGAGCGUAAACUUCAAAAGUACAUAUAACUUUACAUAAAUUUGUUGAAUUGCUAAUCAUACUACAUAUAAAUAUAUAUAUAUAUAUACAAACAUAUACAAAUAUACAUAUAUAAAUAUAAUGUUUUUCUUUUAAUAAAAAAAAUAUUGCAUUCAUAAUGUAAUAAU